AAAGAAAAACGUACCACACCUCACCGAAGAAGCUGUGUGGUUGAAAAACAAACUGCGAGAAUAAUGGGAAGUGUUUCACUAGUGUCCUCUGCAGUAGCCAGAAGAUUAGAAGGGAAGGUGGCGUUGAUCACAGGCGGAGCAAGUGGCAUAGGGGAGUGUACGGCGAGACUGAUGGCGAAGCAUGGAGCCAAAGUAGUCAUCGCUGAUAUCCAAGACGAAUUAGGUCACUCUGUUUCCAAGGACAUAGACUCCUCCAUCUACGUCCACUGCGACGUCACAAAAGAGGAAGACGUGGAACAUGCAGUGAACACAGCCGUUUCUAGGUUCGGGAAACUAGACAUCAUGCACAACAAUGCAGGGACCAUAGAAGUGUGGAACCCCAGCAUUAUUCACAACAAAGUGUCCGAUUUCCAGGAAGUGAUUAACGUCAACUUGGUCGGCGUCUUCCUCGGAAUGAAGCAUGCGGCGAGGGUAAUGGCCCCUUCUCGACGUGGCAGCAUAAUCGCCACCGCAAGCGUGUGUGGACGCAUAGGUGGCGCGGCUUCGCACGCUUACACGUGCUCGAAGCAUGGCGUUGUGGGGCUGGUGCGAAACGCUGCAGUGGAGCUUGGACCCUUGGGAAUACGUGUGAACUGUGUGUCUCCUUACGGAGUUCCGACGGCGAUGAGUAGGAAGUUUCUGAACACUGAUGAUGAGGGGAUUGCUGCACUUUAUUCGAAUCUGAAAGGUGUUACUGUGAAACCCGAAGAUGUGGCUGAAGCUGUGGUUUACUUGGGGAGUGAUGAGUCGAGGUAUGUUAGUGGUCAUGAUCUCGUUGUGGAUGGAGGCUUCACUGUGGUGAAUGCUGGUUUGUGUGCGUUUGAGUCACAAGUGUAGCUCUUUUUGUGGUUUUGAUUGUUUGAAUCACUGUGUUGAAUAACAUUCACCAGCCUACUUCGUUAAGCUGUGCUUGUAAUGGUGCAGAAAGUGAUUAAGGGUAAUUGCUUUGUCCC